AUGAAGGCUUAUGCUCUUUCAAAAUGGCGUUGCUAUGCUUAUCUGCUCGCUAUCGCCGAGUUGCAGUUUGCCUCAGCUGCAGCGAUACCGGAAUUCAUAUUUGAUCCUUAUGGUGGCAACAGAGGCGCAGUCGCGAGCGAGGCUGUAGAGUGCAGCAGGAUAGGACGUGAUCUGAUCGCGCGCGGCGGCAAUGCGGUCGACGCACUUGUGGGUACAACUUUCUGUGUUGGAACAGUUGGAAUGUACCACUCUGGUAUUGGCGGCGGCGGAUUCGUUGUCAUUAGGGAUUCCGACGGAAAUUACGAGUCUGUUGACUUUAGAGAGUCAGCGCCGGCUGCUGCCUUCCAGGACAUGUACAAGGGUAAUGUCCAGGGCAGUGUCUACGGUGGCCUGGCUGUGGGCGUGCCUAGUGAGGUUCGUGGGUUGGAAUACAUCCACAAGAAAUACGGGACACUUCCCUGGAAGACGGUUGUCACGCCGGCCGCAUUGCUGGCAAAGACCGGCUUCCGAGUCUCCGAAGAUUUGGUCCGGUAUAUGGACUCGGCCAUCAAAGACCAAUGGAACUUUCUUGUCGAAGACCCUGUCUGGGCUGAAGAGUUUGCUCCAAAUGGCACGCUUCUCAAACUUGGUGACACCAUCUACCGUAAGAGAUACGGAGCUACCCUCGCCAAAAUCGCCGAAGAGGGUCCCGAUGCCUUCUACACUGGCCCCAUAGCCGAGUCAAUGGUCGCUACAGUCCGCGCCACAAAUGGCACAAUGACCCUCAAGGACCUGCAGUCGUACAAAGUCAUCACCCGCCCCUCCCUAAACAUAACGUAUCGCGGUUAUCGCCUCACAUCCGUCGGAUCUCCUGCCAGCGGUGCCGUGGCGCUCAACACGCUUAAGAUCAUGGAGCAAUUCGACCCCUCUGAGAGCGACGAUGUAAACCUCGGCGUCCAUCGCUUCGAUGAGGCCCUCCGUUUUGCUUAUGGCGCUCGUUCGCUCCUUGGCGACCCUGAUUUUGUAGCAGGUAUCGGCCCGUAUGAAGACACGCUUAUCGAUGAGGCCAAGGCUAAAAGCAUCCGGGGUCGUAUUCUUGACAACCAGACGCAGCCGGUUGAGAACUACGAUCCGCAUGGCACAUAUGCCAGCGAAGGCUUUGGAACAUCGCACAUUGUUACGGCAGAUAAGUCAGGCAUGGCCACCUCGCUGACCACGACUGUCAACCUACUCUUCGGUGCUCAGAUCAUGGACCCUUUGUCAGGCGUCAUUCUAAACAAUGAAAUGAACGACUUCUCUAUUCCCGGUGUCCGGAACGCCUUCGGUUUCGAGCCUUCACCCGCAAACUUCGUUCGUGCAAACAAGCGUCCCCUGUCCUCGAUAACGCCCAUUAUCGUUGAGGAUGCGGACGGCAAGCUUUACGUCACAGUCGGUGCGGCUGGCGGCUCCCGGAUCAUCAGCUCUACUGCACAAGUCACCUGGCAUGUCCUUGAACACGGCCGGACUAUGAAGGAGGCUCUUCGCGAGCCGCGGCUGCACGACCAGCUCAUGCCCAACACCGUCACAUUCGAAUACCCGUUCGAUAACACCACUGUUGCGAGCAUGCUUGAGAAGGGCCACAAGGUCACCUGGGUUCCCGAGGGUCGAAGCGCAGUACAAGGGAUAAUUUUCAAUGACGGUGUGUUUGAGGCGGCCAGUGAGCCGCGGCAGAAGAACAGCGGCGCAUUUACCGUUUAG